AUGUUCGAACUCUACGGUGUUGGUAAAGACGGCAUGGUGUAUCGCUCGCCGCCUCCCAGAAGAAAGGAAGUCGACAUCCUUUCGGAGACCUGCCUGCAGCUCUCGUCGCCAGAAUUCAUGAGAAAAUUGCCCAACGGCGAUGCACUUCACCACAUCAAGGACACGGGUGUCUCGACUUCCUUCAACAAGGCUAAAGAACCACCAAGAGAGAGCAGAGGCAGUGCCGUGAGAAGAUGGAUGGUAAUGACUGGAUUCUUCUUCCUCGGGUGUGCCUUAGUGGCUGGAGUAGGUUUACCACUCGCCCUAGAACUCCGAAGCUCUCAUCUGCUGGAGGCUAGAUUGCAGGUGGUCCGAAGAAUGCUCUCAGAGGUUCCUUUGAUCGAUGGGAACAACGACUUCGCCUGGAACCUGCGCAAGCACCGCGGCAGCACGAAGCUGGAUAAUUUCCCCUUCGACGAAGAUCUGUCGCGUAACAGCAGUUGGGGCCCGCAAUGGCAGACCGACCUGAUCCGCUUGGAGCAGGGGAUCGUCGGGGCGCAAUUCUGGUCGGCCUACGUACCGUGCGAAUCACAAUUUCUCGACGCCGUGCAGCUCACCCUCGAACAGAUCGAUAUUGUGCGCCGGCUCACGUCGCGCUACCCCAAGCGCAUCAGGAUGGUGACGACGAGCGGCGAACUGGAGGCCGCGCACCGGGACGGGGUGAUUGCCAGCCUGGUGGGGAUAGAGGGUGGCCACAGCAUCGGCACCUCCAUGGCGGUGCUCAGGAGCUUCCACCGGCUGGGCGCGCGCUACAUGACACUGACCCACAAGUGCAACACUCCGUGGGCAGACUCAUGCUCCGUGGACGAUCCGAAUUCGGACGCGCCCUCCGAUUUUCACAGCGACGGCCUCUCGCCGUUCGGUAAGGCGGUCGUCCGGGAGCUGAAUCGGCUUGGCAUGCUCGUGGACCUCUCUCACGUCUCGGUGAGGACGAUGACGGACGCCCUCGCCGUGACAAAGGCGCCCGUUAUAUUCUCGCACAGCGCAGCCAAGGCUCUCUGUAAUUCCUCGAGCAACGUCCCGGAUGAUGUACUACGAAAUUUGUCGCUCAACGGUGGUCUGGUUAUGGUCAGUUUCGACAGCGCGCAUUUGAGCUGCGGCGAUAAGGCCUCCAUGUACGACAUUAUAGCUCACAUCAAUCACAUUAGACGAACAGCUGGCGUGAAUCAUGUGGGUCUCGGGGCGGGCUACGACGGCAUAUUGAGGCCACCGACGGAAUUGCCAGACGUUUCCGGCUACCCCUUGCUGUUGGCCGAGCUGACUAGAGAACGUAAAUGGUCCGCAACCGAUAUAAAGAAGCUCGUGGGUGGAAAUUUGUUGCGCGUCUUCAAGGAAGUGGAGGAUCACGCGGCGACUCAGUCCAAUCAGUUUCCAGCAGAAGAGUGGAUUUCGCAGGAACUCAUGGAAGAUAGCGCCUACUGCAGAUACCACGACACGUAGAGUCGUCUUUCUUUCUCUCUCUAUUGUUCGUGCAACCGUUUCCGUUAUCGACGUUGUUAUUUGAUUUCCACGAGGUGUUCUCUCCUAAGGAGAUAUGAUCGAAAUAUUGAAAUGUUUCAGUCUGUUCAAAAAUUAUAUAGAAUACUAUUUAAAGAGAAAUUAAUAUUAUAUUAAAAUUUAAAAUCGAUUGACCAUGUAGUUUCUAAGAAAAUAAAAGUUAGACCUCAAGUUAGAGUUUUAUACAUAGCAUCUUAUGACAGAUGCAUCGAAUGACUGAUAUAUCACAUUAUGUUACUUUUUUAAAAUGUUUCUAUAUAAAAAUUAUAUGAAUAAUUAGAACAAAUCUUUUUGCAUGUCCUUACAAAAAGUUACCUCCAUUUAUCGCAAUUUUUUCGCAUACAAGUAAAAAGUUAACAGAAAUGUGCUUAUGAACUAAAGAUGACUUUUAACAAGCUAAAGAAAUUCGGCAAUGCUGUUGAAAAAAUUAUUUAAAAAAUUGUUACAGUAAUAUUAUUUGAAAUGCAAGUUGUUAUAAAGUUUCAGAUUGUAGGUAAGCAUUAAAACACGCGGUGAUAUACAAUAAGCAUUAAAGCAUCGCAGAUUAGCUGUCCAAUGGUUCUGACAUUUUUAAUGACAAAAUAAAAAAAAUAUAUGAACGGUAUGUAAAAUUUUAUAAACGAUUAUCAAAUACAUUUCAUUAAUUUAAUUUUACAUAAUUGAAAUCAGUAGUGAUCUCGUGGAAUCCAAAUAUAUGAUAAAAUUUUAACAGUUGUUAUGUUUCGAUGAUAUAAAUCAUUUUUUACUGAGAAUAAUUAUACCUCCUUGAAAAACGCAUUUUAUCAUCUUUGUACCUGGAGCGUUCCAACUGUUUUACAUUUUUAAUAAAGUAGCGGUAGAUUCUC